AUGAGGAGGGACUAUCCCCCUCCUUCUUCUUCAGGUACGUCUGGGGCUUCAUCCUCUGCUCAGCCUCCUAUGCUGCCAUCACUUCCUUCUGUUCCUUCCUCUUCUACCCCACUUCCUGGACCAGUAGAGUCUUCACCAGCUUCACAGUCACCUACUACAAAUUUUGAUGCUUUCGUCCACUUAUAUUUCACUUAUGUUUUUUUUCUCAGCAUUUAUCCAUCCUCUCGAGCAUCAAGGCAAAUUAUGAGGAUAAUCAAGCUACACCUCGAUCAAGAUGGAUACACAUGGGAUGUCGUACCACAAGAGGCGAGAGACUUUUAUUGGGAAGAGUUUCAGAAUAGGCGAAAAAAGGGUAAGAGAGCAGCAGAGCGUUCUCAAAGAUAUGGAGAGCUGAGCAAAAGGCUUGGGGAGGAAUCCGUGCAUUCAAGGAGAAAGCGAAAGCAUGAGAUAUUUGCACAAAACAGGCGCAGUGAGACUGGCGGUGAUGGAGCAGGACCUUCUCGACACAUAGGCGGAUCAAUAUCUGCUACAGAGACAUCUCAAUUAUUAGCUGAAAAAUAUAGUCGUGAGCCCACACCGAUGGAGGUGUUUACUUACACUCACACAAAGGACCACGAUUGCCAUACGUUUGUCGACAGACGUGCGUUGGGCGGUCGACAGACGGUGGCGUUGGGCGUCAAUGGCGGAACUAGCAGUACAACUGCGGAGCGCUUUGUUGCUUCUCAAGCUGAAUGA